AUGGCUCGCUUUUUCCUCAACUCAUUGUUAUUCCUCGGCGCUCUUGCGCAGCCUGUAGAGGAGAAGCAUGUCAAGGACUGCACCGGAACUAAUGCUGUCAGCAUGUUCUGUAACUCGGCCCAGGCAGCAUACAAGCGAGAUUUUUUCUACGUCGGCGGCCGUCCUGCCAAGGGCUCGUCUGGAACCAUCACGGUCGACCAGAUCUACGUCGAGAAGCUGACGCCGACCACGCGGUAUCUUCAGGAAAACCCUCUUGUUUUCUUCCACGGCGGUGGUCUUUCGGGUAGCACAUGGCUCAACACACCUGACGGCCGCGAAGGCUGGGCAAGCUACUUCACCAAGAGAGGCUACGUUGUCUAUCUAGUAGAUAACAAUGCCAUUGGCCGCAGCGCUGAGAACGCUAUCGCCAGCUUCCCUAUGGCCGCUGGCUCAGCUAGCGAGACUGUCAUGAAGUUCUUCACUUCUCCCGAGAACUACGAAACUUAUCCUCAGGCGAAGCUGCACACACAGUGGCCUGGUACCGGAGCUGACGGUGACCCCGUCUACGACCAAUUCAAGAAGUCUCUCAUUCCUCUCACCACCAACUUUGUCGGUCAGGAGAAUGCCCUACGCGCUGGAGGUUGUGAGCUUCUCUCCCUGCUCGGCGAGAAGGCUUUCCUCAUCUCCCACUCGCUUGGUAGCAGAAACCCUCUUCUGCUUUCUAAUGAUUGCCCUGAGUACAUCGCUGGUAGCAUCAACCUUGAAGCCGCCACUUCGCCUUUCUGGUCCUAUGCUGAGGGUCUUGGUGGAUAUGCUGGUUCCCCUUGGGGUCUUACCAACACACCCGUGACCUACGACCCUCCUGUCAGCGACCCCUCCGAACUUGAGAGCGUAUCAGUUGGUAACGAGACUCUGGCUCACCGUAACUGCUACCUUCAAGUCGAACCCGCCCGCAAGCUUCCCCAGAUCAACAAGGUCCCCUACCUUCUUCUGACUGGCGAGGCCUCCGUUCACGUCACAUACGAUCACUGCGUUAUCGACUUCCUCAAGCAAGCAGGUGGCAAACCUGAGUGGAUCAAGCUCGCUAAUUGGGGCAUUAAGGGCAACGGUCAUUUCUUGCACGUGGAGAAGAACAACUUAAAGAUCGCUGGCCUUGUGGAAGCCUGGAUUCAAGGCAAGGCAUACAAUGGUCGCCAGUUCUCCUCUAAGUAA